AGUACUAACGAAGUUAUUAGCGGAGUAGGUAUUGUUCAUUAAACCCAUUUCGUGAUAGGAAGAUCCUCGCCAACAAUUUCACGUGCCAAGGAGUCUGCGGUGAUGAGAAGACAGUGAAACGGUUUCCCCAUCAAGACAGGAAUAGAGCAGGUUUGCAUCAUGUUGUCCUUCAACCUUGCUAUUGCCAUUUAAUGAUUGAUGAUUGAAACUAAAAAAUACAUAUGAAAAAGAGGUAUCAGAUAUACCCCAUCAACGCCUGAAAGUGCCCAUGGUUUGUCUUAAUAGUAACAAGUCAAACUAAAGACACAGACCUGCUUCUCUUUACUGACGCAUGCGCAUAUCCAGGAAUCCAGGAAUUAGGUCGAUCGAUUUGGUCUCGGCCUAACGUUACAUGGAUACUAUUGCCCGAGAUUUGCGUGUACAGCUGGCCUAUGUGUCUGAGAAUGUACAUUUCGAUGCAUAGGGGCCUGCUUUAGGUGCGUGGAUCUGUGCGGAGUCAACGGCAUCUCUUGACGAAGCGCUACGUUGCCGUCAGAUGAAAGAGAGUCAAGUGCCCUGUGUGUCGACAGCCGCUUCUUGGACGUAGCCCAUUCCAGGCACCGAUUAAUACGAAGGGCCAGGCGCGCUGGAGUCCCAAGGUCGGUCUAUACUUCGAACGAUGAGGUCUGUUAUUCUUUCUGCCAGACACUGGCUCAAGCCAGAGCCGGCAAGUGUUGGUCAAUGGCUGCCAGACUGGUUUCAAUGCGCAAGCAGCCGACACCUGGGAUUUUUACAGUACCGUCCGACAGUCUUCCAGUUCCACCAAAACAACAAGUUCAUUGCCUCGUGUUUUCAGGCGGGUAGAAGAGCUGCAGAAUCGGACAAUCCGUUGGUUGUGUUCCUAGGAGUAUUGGGCGGGUUCCUCAUGUUGUACACGGGAUAUAGAAUAACUAAAUGGACAUUAGGCUUGGUAUGGAGGGUAGUUUCGUAUCCAUUUAGAGGAUAUGAUUUCUACGACUACCAUGAUAGAUUGCCCACCAGGUAUAGACCUAUGCCAGAUCAAAGGAACAAGAAGAGAAAAUCGACGGGACCCUCGAAAGGACCAUGCUUGCGGGACUCGCUGAAAUCUCUCUUGCAGACAAAGCUGACCGCGUCUGGAGAGGCGAAACAUGAGGUUGUGCAGGCUUCACUGAAGGUUGCGACACAUAUGAAAAACGGACUACGUAAGAACAUCUCAUACUUGAACUUCGAGAAGAACCCGGAACUUGUAGGCAGUACCUCCGACGGGACAAUGGUUCCUGGGCAGGGGGAUUGCGACUACCUUCUACACGUAGGAAUACCGGAGCCAACGUCUCUCGAACACCAAGGCGAAGGGUACUGGAGAUUGCGUAUUGACAACCCGUCUGACUCCAUUAAGGGACUGACUGUGAGGGACCGAGACAACUAUUAUCUAAGCCCCCUAAAACUUCAUUCUCUCUUAUUGGGGGAGGUUUCGCGGGUCGCCCAAGAGCUCCAGGAUACAAGCGGAAUCGUCAAUGUGAAGCAUGUGUCUCACCAAGCAGGCCCGGCGCUGAAAUUUAAGAUCACCAACCAUCCGAUUAAUGCAAGGAGUACACAGUUGACAAUCUUUGACAUGGACUUUGUACCGUGUGUAACUGUUAACGGUAAGCAACUUGUCACCAAGCCUCACCCAAGCCUGCCGAACGAACAAACGCGUAAGAGCCGCGAAGACCCGGAUAGACUGCGAUGGCGACAAAGCUUCAGUAGCGCAGAGCGGGACCGCAUCCAACCACUGGACAAGGGUGAUGGCGGCUGGAGUAAGAAACUCUACCGAGAGGUCAAGUACUUGCGUCACAACCAGCCUCAGUUUAAACAGUUCCCCUCCUUCAUUUACAAGACUGUGUUCUUGAAACAGCUGGAAGAGGACCGCUAUCCCUCGCGAUGGCGUGAACAGACACAUGAAGAUCGCUUUAUGAGUUAUAUGAAAAAGUUGGAGGCCGUCUUUGAGAGAGGAGAGCUCAAUCAUUACUUCUUGAAGAAAAACGAGGGAAUCAGUAGAAAUUUGUUGCAACCUGAUUUCGAUCAAGAGCAAAUCAGGGACUUCCGUAACUUUCUUCGUCGCAUUAAUAGAGGAGGGGAGAAGGCGUGGGCUAAGCUUCUUCAGAAUAUUACUUAAAUCCACUGAAUGUGUAGCUGAAACAGUGACGAAGAAGACUGAACUAUUUACUAUAAAGGCAGAACUGAAAUAAAAACAAGAGAGGCAGCAACCACAGAAUGGUAAAUGUAAGUGGAGGCCGGAGCGUAGGCGUCGUGACGGAGGAGUAGCGGGUUCGACUGCCUGCUGAGCCGUGCUUUGUUCCCCUAUACCACUUUCUGCGUCAAGCGACGUAGAUCUGCGUUAGACGACUUGACAUGUUUAGCGCCAUCCUACGUAGAUCUACGUCAAAUUCCGGCCCCCGAUCCGUCUUCCAGCUGUUGUAUCAGCGGUGGUUUUACCAGGCGGCUGCUGUAUUUUGUCUGUUGGUGGCGACUCUGAUGAAAAAAACCCAAUAUGUCAAGCCGUCACAUCAUUGCUCUGAGGUAAUGACUGGCUUUUUAAUAGCCGGACCGGCUGCGUUCUGUUUUGUAAGUGCUAUGUUAUGCUUACGAAAUUGGAACCAUUCGUGUAACCAACCCGUCAGCAUAAUCUGUUGACCAAAAUCUCAGUAGUAAAUGCUAAACCAAAAAUUCUCCGGAUUUUUUUCUUCAAAACGUGAUGUCAAAAACCUCAUUGGGUCAGUUUGUCUGAUGGUAUAUAUACAUGUACAUUCGUCAUCAUGUAGGCCUUAUACCAGCACCUUAACAUGCAGGGUGACCAAAAAUAUGGACAUUAUUGAAAGUUUAUAGAAUUUACAUUUACCGAGGUUUCUGCGGCAUCUUCAGACAAGCUUGCAAACAUGGUGAUUAAACAGUUUCAUCGUUUUCCAUAAUGGUCAAAAUUGGGGAUUAAACUGACAAAAUUUCAAAAACGGCAAAGUACCUCUUUGAUGCUGAAGUUCAUCUAAUGAGUGGAUUCAAAUAUCGGAACUCGGCCUCGUUUCUCUCUCGAGGUCAAGGUCAUUUCCUGACCAAGGCGGAAAGUAUUAUGAUGUUUCGACAGCCGUCGCACAACAGCGCACUAAUCUGCCUAAUUUCGCAUUUUGUGGCAAAUUUCACACAAACUCAAUUAUAAAACAAAGCGAAGAAUUCUAAACCACAUGUAUUAGAUGUUUUACUCUUAAAACGACUGUAAAUGCUUGGUCUCUAUCUGAAUAUUGGGUCUAUUAGAAUACUUCACUCGUAGACCUACCCCUUACGAAAAAGAUCUCGGAUUCACUAUGGGAAAAUCUGGAUUCACCAUGGGAAAAUCUGCAUUCACCAGGGUGAAUUCAUCGUUUACCAUGGUGAAAUAAGAGUUUCUCAUGGUCACCAUGGUGAAUGUUGAUUUUACCAUUGUCACCAUGGUGAAAUAUUUCACCGUCCCAAUUCAUCAUGGUGAAAUGCUGUCAGUUUACCAUGGUAAAUAAUUGUGGAUUCACCACACCAUACAUAUUGAAAAUGAGACGCAGUUUCCCUAAGGGUAAUGAUUUGGAGUUAGCCUGGUCAAUUUGGUACUUUUUCCUUAUCAUUCACUGCUGUUGCUCUCGCUCCAACUUCAUUGUCGCCAAAAGUGACUGAUUUCAGGGACAAUACAAAAUUAGGUCUUGGUCGCAGAUGCUUGAUCAUGAGGGCCAUAUGUUGGUUUCUGGCCUGAUCGUGACGACUUUAUAAAAAAAUAUAUAUGCGACAUUCUCUGAUUGGUAAGUUUCGACAGCUGGGUAAAUUUCUUUGCCACGGCGCAUGCGCCGCAGUCUGCUAUAAAAGAAUAUCAUUCCGGUGUCAUCAUUCAUUCGCUCCUGAUUCUAGAUCAUACUGUAGACCCACCAGACGUUCGAUUUUCAAACAUUCGCGGAUUUCGCCGACUCUUUACUUCGUUUACAGCACACAAAUUUACGUGACUUUACAUCAUGAAGGCAAUGCUAGGUUUAGCUUUAGUUGCGUGCUUCUUAGCAGCCGCACACUCGGAGGCCUGCUUGAGUAGUGACCUCUCCCCUCUACUAGGGACUUGGUACGUGGGAGACGAAAAGAUUUUUACGAUGUCCGAGACGGGUAUGACAAUAUACGUCAGAACAAAAAAAGUGUCCGCUGAUGUUUUCGCGACAUGCGACGGAAAGAGGGGCACCGGAUCAUUCGUGUUUGGGUCAGAGGAUUUCCCAUGGGGCACAGGUUCGGGGUGUAUAAAGAUCACAACUGUUGGAGGCAAAACGCACUUCCAGUCUCAUGCAUAUACAAAAAGCCCACGCUACGUUGAUGGUGGAUCUGAAAGCGCUGAACAAUACUGCAGUUCUCUCAAGAUGGAUCAAAACCUCGUUAUUUCAUUAACCCCUACAAGUGACUAAAAUGCGGACAGAAUGAAAACGAUUACGUCGUGUUGACCCAAAUCGAAUACAGAAAUCGAGUGUUC